AUGUUCGUCAGUCUGAGUAACGGACCACUACUGGUCAGCUGGUCUCCAUUCAGAAACCACAGAUAUUCAGCAGAAGGUGAUGAGUCAGCAGAGCAGUUUAUUUUAUUUUUUAUUUUGACCAAUGUCAUUUUAGGUUUAUCUGAUGGAGCUGGUGUGUUACCAGAUGRUCYUCUGAUUGCCUCUGUUGGAGGGACAGAAACGUUCACAACAAACUUGAAUCCAACAGAAAAACCAUUUUCAUUGGUCACCUGGCAGUUUGAUCCUGGUUCAGGACUAGCUGAUCUCAUAAUUCUCUCGUUUAUUGGGGAAAACACAACUGGACCACAAUAUGAAGGCAGGAUCACUCUCUUCAGAUCUACUGGAUCUCUGGAACUCAGGAAUCUGAAACUCAGUGACAGUGGAGAUUACAUAGUAAGCAUUCAAGACCGGCCGGUUCAUAAGCCAGGACGCACCACACUUAAUGUUUAUGAACCAGUCUCCAAUGUCAGAGUCUCCCCACUAAGCACAGAUUUGAUUGAGUUCAACAGCUCAGUCAGUCUGUCCUGCUCCUCUUCUGGAUCUUCUCUUUCCUUCAUCUGGAUGAAAGGCAGCUCUGAGAUCACAGCCAGUGACAGAUUUCAGAUUAACACACAUGAAGAAAACUCCAUUCUGACUAUAGUCAGUGUGACCCGAAAUGACCAGGGACCAUACAGAUGUCGUGUGUCUAAUCCUGUCAGUUCUAUUAUCAGUGAUCCAGUAAACAUCUCUGUUAAUUAUGGUCCAGUCAAUGUACAAAUAGAAAUGUAUCCAUCUAAGGAACAUCAUGAGAAAGGAUCAGACGUUAAUCUGAUCUGCUCUGCUGACUCAUCACCUUCUGCUGAAUAUCAGUGGUUCCUGAAUGGAGGUCAGCUGAUCAAUAAUGGUCUGUUGCUCCGACUGAUGAAUAUCCAGAUGAAUCAGAGUGGAAACUACAGCUGUCAGGCCUUUAACAGUAAAACUCUGAGAUAUCAAACAUCUCAACCUUCACAUAUCUCUGUAUAUGAGCGAGUCUCUAAUGUAGAGGUUACUCAAGACGUUGCCCACUUAAUUGAGUUCAGUGGGUCUGUCAGUUUCUCCUGCUCCUCCUCUGGAUCUUCUCUCUCCUUCCUCUGGAUGAACAGCAGCUCUGAGGUUUCAGCCAGUGACAGAGUUCAGAUCACUGAUGGAGGAUCUAAGCUGAAGAUAGUCAAUGUAACCAGAUAUGAUGAUGGAUCAUACAGCUGUAAUGUGUUCAAUCCUGUCAGCAGUGCUAACAGUGAUCCACUACACCUUUCUGUCAGCUAUGGCCCAGAGAAAGUCAAACUAAAAUCACAAUCUCAGAAAUAUCCAGAAGGGUCAAACAUCCAUCUGUCUUGUUCAGCUGAGACCAGACCUGAUGCCACUUUUCAGUGGUUCUUUAAUGGAAAAAGUCUGCCUGCUUCUGGAUCUGAGCUCGAACUCCUCAAUGUUCAGAAGAAUCAGAGUGGAAACUACAGCUGUCAGGCCUUUAACAGCAAAACCUUAAGUUAUCAGACAUCUCAAGUUUUAGUCCUAUCAAUAGCAGAAGCUGCAAGUCUGUCAGGUGGUGUCAUUGCUGCAAUUGUGAUUGCUUGCUUGAUAGCUGCUGCUCUAGUAGCUGCUGGAGGCUUCUUCAUUCAUAAGAGAAUAAAAAAUGCCCAACCUCAAUCAGAGUCAGGUAAAACGGAACAAGAACAUGAAUAUGAGAACAUGACAAACUUACAAAGUGGAAGGAUAUAAAAUCUCCAGUUUUCCUUUGGUAAAAGGUGAGUUCUGAGUUAUUGGCUCUGAUUAUUAGAAAAAGAAAGUUAGAAUUUCUUGUGUUUGAUUAUUCUUUAAUAAAAUAUUUACAUUCAUAAAACAUCACUAUUUAAAGAGGAUUCUUAAAGAGGAUUGUUUAUCACCCAUCUAAUUCAUUUUUCUUCUUUUUCAUCUUGCAUAUCAUCAGAAAUUAAGAAACCAAGAUCGUCUAUAACCAUAUGGAGAAUUAAUAUUAGUACUCUACAUUUGGUAAAUCUGAAUAAACAAUAGCAUCUUAGCCCUUGUGUUUACAAAUGGGGUCCAACCGACCCCACACCCGUAUCACUUGUAUCAGUUGCCUCAGUCCUCGCACUCAUAAGGGUUAAUGUACUUUUAUUUUAGAUGUUUACACUUAUUUACAUUCUUGCAAGUUGCAAUGUGACAUUGGCAAAAAAAAAGAUUACCUCAGAAACAAUAUUUAAAAUCUGUAAUGCUUUGAGUCUUUUAAUUAAAAGUAUGUUAAUUUGUGUUACUUUGACAAAAUGUGGAACGGAUGAUUUACAUGUUUUGCUAAUUAGUUAAGGUUUAAAGUGACCAUUCAAUUUUAGAUUGUAAUUUUAAAACUUUUUCCAGAAAUCAGUUAUCUGUAGUGAAGCAAGAAAAGUUGCUGAGUUCUUCCUUUUAUGUAUAUAAAUUUAACAUACUUUUUGUAUAUUGUAUUUUGCUGUUGGUUUAACUGGUUGCAGGUCUGCUUAUGAAUCCAUGGCACGUCAGCUUUAUUUGCUGUCAAAAUCUAGAAAAAGAAAUUUAUAAUGAAGAGCUGUAUUUCUAAAACCUCAACAUGUUUUAAUGA